CAAACAAACUUUUGCAAAACUUAUACUAUCUAGAAUUAAUGCGACCUUAACUAGCUGUUUACGUCGCUUGAUAAACAUGUGAUGUUAACCGCCAUAACUAUCAAACCGAAACAAGAAUUUAACUUCUUUCAGGACAAGGACUGUAAAAUGGCUGAAGGAGGUGAAAAACAGUUAUUAAAAGAUGGUUCUGAUGCUGACUUUGAUCUCACAUGCACACCUUGUGGAGAAGACAAUAUAAGAGAAGAGGCUAUCAAAUAUUGUCCUGACUGCCAGGAGUACCUUUGUAUCACUUGUAGUCAGCAUCAUGGUCGGCUAAAGGCUACAAAGAGACAUGUGCUUGUUGAUAAGAAUGCAGCCAAACAAUGCUUAGUUGUUGCCAAGGCCAAAUGCCAUUACCACCAAGAUCGUGACAUUGAAAUGUACUGCAAAACACAUGACAUGGUUUAUUGUGUUAUGUGCAUUGCUACAGAACAUAGAUUAUGUGAGGGCGUUAACAAAAUAGAGGCCGUGUCUAAAUCGUGUGUAAAUCAGACAGAGAUUCAACAAUUGUUAUACGAAACAAAGAAGGCAAAAGACGUCUUGAGUGUCACGGUAAACAAACAAAAUGGUAACCUUACAUCCAUUGAUAAGCAGAGGAAGGUAAUCCAAGACAAACUGGAUAGUACUGAAAUGAAGUUAGUAGAGCAUAUCCGUCAAAUAAAGAUAAGGACAGAAGAUUCUUUAAAUGAGAAGCAUGCCUCCUUGAAGGAAAAACUUAAUUUGAGCAUCGGCCAAACUUCUUGCAAAAUAAAGGAUUUAGAAGAAAAUGAAAAGCAGCUGCAAACGGUAACCAACCUUGAUAUACAGCAACAAUUUGUUCACAUGAAAUUGAUGAGGAAAGCUGCUACAGACGCCUUAAAUUUACAAACAAGUAUUGCAUCUGAUGGUACAUUUUCCUUAUAUUACACAAGUGAUACAAAUUUGGAUAGUUUGGUCAUGGCUGCAAAUGUUUUAGGUCAGGUGAUAUCAGACGAUGGUGGCAAGAAAGUUUCUGAACCAAAACGCUACAGAAUAAAGUCGAAGAGAGAAAUCAAUGUGAAAAUGGACAACGAUGCAUCGCGAUGUAGAAUAAUGGAUAUAUGCCAACUCCCUGACAAGCAUAUCCUUGUUGCUGACAGUGGAAAUAAUAAAAUAAAAGAACUAAACGUAGACUACCUUAUAAUAAAUGUUUGUGACAUUGAAGCUUCACCUAGAGGUAUAUGUUUCAUCAGUAAAAAUGAAAUAGCUGUAAAGAUGGCUAACAGCAAAGUCCAGUUUAUAUCAACUAAAUUGUCAAAUCUUACCAAGACAAGAAUUAUUUCAGUAGCAGAUGGAGGUCUUUACGGAAUGAUAUGUGUUGAUGACGGCAUAUGGCUUUCCAUAGCAGAUAGAAUUUAUAUAUACAAUACAGCAGGGACACUCGCAAAAAAGAUAAAUAAUAAUGAUAUAUUCAAAAAUAACGUUAAAAUUACUUGUGUUCAACAUAUGGCUGUUUCUGGUGACAUGGUGAUUGUUACAAAUGCCUCUGAUGGUGCUGUUUGUUUGAACAAGGAUGGUACAGUUUUGAGAGAACUUCAGGAUGGAAAGUUGGUUAAAACUCGAGGUGUUUGUGUAGCUGAUGAUGGCACUGUCUUCUUGUGUGGUUAUACUUCCGAUAAUAUUGUGAUGUUCAAUAAAGAUGGAAAAUGUCUUGGAGAGUUGAUUGCAGCAGAUCCUGGUUUGAAGAGUCCUAUUAAUAUGCUCUUUGACAAAGUAAACAACAACAUUAUUGUAACAUGUGACUUCAAUGACAAUAUUUAUAUCAUCGAACUAGAAUAAUGAUAUGUUUCAAUCUCGUAUACACCUUCAAUUGGAAUGAAUUCGUUUACUUGUGAAAACUCUUGAUACAAACCAUUGAUUAUAGAUAUACAAUGACAUUAUACAUUUAUGUUAACUUGCAAAUUAAUAUAUCAAUUUUACAUUUACAGUUUAUGCCAUCCAAACUUUUUAUGUUUUGUACCCUUAUCCGGCUGAAUUUGUGGGAUGCAUUUUGUUACAGUCCAUUCAAAAUUUAAGGUAUAUCAAGAUCAAAAUACAAAAAAAAUUGAGCUGCCAGCAGUAGAGUAGUAAAACAUUUGCUAAAUGGUCAAAGUGUAUGGAUGUUGACAAGUGAAAGCUAUCCAGGUAUGGUUUUAAAAGACUGGGGUUAAAAUAAUAAGUACUGGAGUAAGAGAAGAGUUAUGUGUAGAAUUGUUCCCAUGUUAUUUUGCUUGGUUUUAGUAAAAAUACGUUCAUGUUAAAUUAUGGAUGUUUACAUACCAUAGUUAUUUAUUUCAAAGUUGAAUAAAUUUCUGUAGAAUUU